AUGGAAUACAUUAAAGUAACAAAAGUAGACAAUGUUCUACUCCAUCGGAAAGGUUGUACUUUCGAAGGAACUUUACAUUUAACUACCCAUCAUCUGAUAUUCACAAUACAGAAUUUAAAAUCAAAUACAAGUUCUAAUAAUGCAAAGGAAUUUUGGUUUGCUUAUCCUUUAAUAUUUUCAGUAUUCAAAAAUAAAGGCAGUGCAUUAUUAACAAAAUUAAAUCUUACAAAACAAAAUAAUACAAAUAUUGAAGAUUCAAAUGAAAUCACCGACAACUAUAAAAAUAACAGUAAUAAUAGCAGUAAGACUAAUAAUAAUAAUAGUACAAUUAAUAGCACAACACAUGUAUAUUCUAUCGAUUUAACAAAUGCUGAUUUAUGGUCUUUUGUUAACAUUAAAAUCAUUGGGAAAGAUUAUACAAUUUUCUCGUUGGAUUUUCAAAUUCCAUCUCAAGCAAAUGAUGUUUUUGAUUCUUUAUUAAGAUUGACUGUUUUGAAGAAUACAAAUCAAUUAUAUGCAUUUAUUUAUAACCCAGGUAAAGCAGAAUCGAAAUUUAACAGUUGGAAGAUUUAUAAUGUUAUUGAUGAAUUUAAAAGACAAGGUCUUGAUUUAAUAUCUUCAAAUUGCCCUUGGAGAAUUUCUGACAUAAAUAAAGAUUUCAAAUUCUGUAAUACAUACCCAAGGGAACUUAUUAUUCCAAGGGACGUUUCAGAUACUCUCUUAUCUCAUGCUUCUAAAUUCAGAUCUCAGUCAAGAAUCCCCGUAUUAUCAUAUUAUUACAAAGCUUCUAAUUGUUCCAUAACACGAUCUUCGCAACCGUUAACAGGGAUCAUCAAACAAAGAUCUCCACAAGAUGAAUCUCUAAUUUACAAUAUAUUUAAUACAAAUAAAGAAUCUACGCAAAAUAAAAAUUUAAUUGUAGAUGCAAGACCAAUGACGAACGCUUAUGCUCAAACAGCUUUAGGUGGUGGCACUGAAUUUUUAGAAUAUUAUAAUUUUAAUAAUUCAUCAAAAAGAAUCUUUUUGGGGAUUGAUAAUAUCCAUGUUAUCUCUGAUAUUAUGAAUAAUUUAAUUGAUAAUUUUUUAAGUGAUAAUGAUUUAAAUUUACCCAUUAAUUCGUUGAAAUUAAAUAAUAAAUAUUCAAAAUCUUUUAAUUGGUUAAAAUUAAUUAAGACAAUUUUAUCUUCCACUGAAACUUUAACUAAAUCAAUGAUUUUUAAUAAUUCAAAUAUUCUAGUCCAUUGUUCAGAUGGUUGGGAUAGAACAGCUCAAAUAUCUUCCCUAAUUCAAAUUUGUUUAGAUCCAUUCUUUAGAACCAUCGAUGGAUUUAUUAUCCUAGUAGAGAAGGAAUGGAUCUCGUUUGGUCAUAAAUUUCAAGAAAGAUCAAAUCAUUUAUCAAAUGAAAAUAUUUUUCAUGAUAAUACUGUUUCGAGUUUUAAUUUGAAAAAUAAUUCAAAUAAUAUUUCACAAUCAAGCCCAAUAAUAAAUGAUACUGAUGGAUUUUCAAGUUCUUCAUUAUUUGGUAAAGAUGCAAAUGAUUUUACUGAUUUCGAUACCCCACCAAAUACAACACAACCUUCUAUGAAUAUGGCAUCAACUAAUCUGUCUUCAUCAAACGAUAGCUCUAAUCCAUUAAAUUCUUUAUUAAACUCAAAUUUCAUUUCAAAUGUUACAAACCAUUUUAAUAAUUCAACUACUCCAUCAUCACUAUUACAAAUUUCAAAAUCAAAACAGUUUUCUUCACCAAUUUUCCAACAAUUUUUGGAUUGUGUUUAUCAACUAAUAUCCCAAAAUCCAAAUAAAUUUCAAUUUAACGAAAGAUUCUUAAGAAGAUUAAUUUAUCAUCUAUAUUCUUGUCAAUAUGGUACAUUUUUGUAUAACAAUGAAUUUGAACGUUAUGAAAGUCACUUAUCUGAUAAUACAAGAUCUGUUUGGGAUUAUUUUCUUUGUAGAAGAAACGAAUUUACUAAUUCAAAUUAUGUGGCUUCUCCCACUAAAACAAAUACACCAACAAAACAAUUUAAGACUCCAAAGAAUUUUGAAACACCUACAAAGGCUAACAUUCCUGAACAAGCAAAGACACCUACAAAGGGUGACACUCCUGUAAAUUUCAAUACACCCACAUCAGAUGAUAUUAAAGAAGAUGCACAAGAGGUGAAAGAUAAAUUGAAAAAAUUCAAUAUAGUUGAUCAAGACGAAAAUACAAAUAACACUACCUCUAAGGCAGAUUCUAGUGCAGCUCCUGUUAUAGACAGUAGUAUCGACUCUCUUGAUGAAUUUAGUAUUGAUCAAGCUUCAGAUAUUGAUGAUGUCGAUUGGAUAUUGCCUGAUAUAAAUAAUAUCAAAUGGUGGUGGCAAUUGUAUGAUAGGAAAGAUGAAGAGAUGAAUUCAAAUUUAAAUAACAAGAACUCCAAAUCUCCAGAUAGUAACAAAACUACAAAGAAAAGCUAUAUUGGUAUUAGUAAAAAAUCUAAUGAGCCAACUUCACAUGAAGAAAGUCUCUCUUUAAGAUUACCUAGCUUCAAUUUUUUCGGUAAAAGUUAG